CAAAAAAUAACGGACAUGGGUUUGCCGAGAUUUGGGCGUCCCAAGGCGGCGGCGGCGGCGGCGGCGGGCGAAUCGAGCCCUAAUCUCUACGUCGCCAACUGCGGACCUGCCGUCGGGAUCUCGCACGACGAGAUCAGGUCCGUCUUCGGCGGAUUCGGGCCGGUGAGGGGAGUGCACGCGGCCGACGACAGCGGCGCCCGCGUCGUCGUCUGUUUCGACGGCGAGGCCUCCGCUCGAGCCGCGCUGGAGGCCCUGAACGGCCGCCCCUGCCCGGACCUCGGCGGCCGCUCCCUGCACGUCCGCUACUCCGUCGAGCGACCGGCUUGCCAGGCGAACGUAAACGAUUCCCUUCCGGUGCAUACACAUGCUUCAGAGCUGGAAAUUCCUGGGCUUUACUUGUUGCAUGACUUUAUCAGUCCAGGUGAAGAGAAGGAAUUACUUGCGGCAGUUGAUGACAGGCCUUGGAAUAGUCUUGCCAAAAGAAGGGUUCAGCAUUAUGGCUAUGAGUUUCGAUAUGACACGAGAAAUGUAGAUGCGAAUAGGCAUUUGGGUGAACUUCCCUCAUUUGUUGCUUUCAUACUUGAAAGGAUAUCGUCCUUCCCAGGCCUUCCAUGUGCUUCAAAUUCAAGUUUGGAUCAACUGACGGUCAAUGAGUACCCAGUUGGAGUGGGAUUGUCCCCACACAUAGACAACCAUUCAGCAUUUGAGGAUCUCAUUUUCAGCCUUUCAUUAGCAGGUCCUUGCAUUAUGGAGUUCAGGAGAUACUUAGGGGGUGCCUGGCUUCAUAAAGAUGUCUCUGGCAUUGAUGGGAAUGUGGAUAGUCCAGAGAACUCAAAAUUAUUAAGAAAAGCCAUUCAUCUUCCCCCUCGGUCAAUGCUUUUAUUGUCUGCAGAGGCACGUUAUGCUUGGCAUCAUUACAUUCCGCACCAUAAGAUUGACAUAGUAAUGGAUAAGGUUAUAAAAAGAAUCAGAAGGGUAUCUUUCACAUUUCGUAAGGUUAGAACAGGUCCCUGUAAAUGUGAAUUUCCCUUAUAUUGUGAUUCUCAAAGUAAACGUGAUUAGUGGAAAUAUGAUGAUCUAAGUUAUGAUUGAUGGAGAACGGGAGGCUCUAGUGUGUCAUUGAGCCAAAGUACCAUAAGUCCUUCAGAAAUGUUUAAUGUGGAAGAAGCACGUCGCCAGUUUGAGGAAACUCUGACUUACCAUUUUCAGACUGCUGUAAAUUUAGAGCGGGCUAUUCAUCCAGGGUGGAAGUUGAAAAUGAAGAAAGAAACCAACCAACUCAGGAUUUGCAUUUUUGGUCUAUUGUAUGCUGGACACGGACUGCUGAAACUGGGUUCAUGUGAUUGAGGAGCAAUGUGCUGGAGAGAGGAACAGAGAAUUAGUGGAGAAAACAUGUCUCAAUGUCCCAAUCCCAUGUAAAAGCUAAAAUUUGGUUCAUGUUGGAAGUUGAAAUGUUACAUUCAUUUAUCUAUUUUGACAAGCAACCGUUGCUUUUGAUUAUUGUCUGCUACAGUUCAUGUCAUGUUUGCCUUGGACCUUCUAAUGGACAAUUCUUCAGGAUACAUGUCAAAUAUUCUAGUGAUGAGAUAAAAGUUUCAUUCAUUGA